AUGUGGGUUCUGUUUCAGCCCAGAAGGAUAUGGGUUCUGUUUCAGCCCAGAAGGAAAUGGGUUCUGUUUCAGUCCAGAAAGGUAUGGGUUCUGUUUCAGCCCAGAAGGAUAUGGGUUCUGUUUCAGCCCAGAAGGAUGUGGGUUCUGUUUCAGUCCAGAAAGGUAUGGGUUCUGUUUCAGCCCAGAAGGAAAUGGGUUCUGUUUCAGUCCAGAAAGGUAUGGGUUCUGUUUCAGCCCAGAAGGAUAUGGGUUCUGUUUCAGCCCAGAAGGAUGUGGGUUCUGUUUCAGUCCAGAAAUGUAUGGUUCUGUUUCAGCCCAGAAGGAAAUGGGUUCUGUUUCAGCCCAGAAGGAUAUGGGUUCUGUUUCAGCCCAGAAGGAUAUGGGUUCUGUUUCAGCCCAGAAGGAUAUGGGUUUUGUUUCAGCUCAGAAGGAUGUGGGUUCUGUUUCAGCCCAGAAAGGUAUGGGUUCUCUUUCAGCCCAAAAGGAUAUGGGUUCUGUUUCAGCCCAGAAGGAUAUGGAUUCUGUUUCAGCCCAGAAGGAUAUGGGUUCUGUUUCAGCCCAGAAGGAUAUGGGUUUUGUUUCAGCCCAGAAGGAUAUGGGUUCUGUUUCAGCCCAGAAGGAUGUGGGUUCUGUUUCAGCCCAGAAAGGUAUGGGUUCUGUUUCAGUCCAGAAGGAUAUGGGUUUUGUUUCAGCCCAGAAGGAUGUGGGUUCUGUUUCAGCCCAGAAGGAUGUGGGUUCUGUUUCAGCCAUGUUUUCCUCAAUCCUCUUGUUGCCGCUGUAGGUACACGUUUCGUGCUCUGUGUAUUGGCAGGUUGGUUGGUUGGCAUAUCUCCAUCUUUCUAG